AUGAUCCGCAACGUGCAGCAUGGUCUAUACACAUCAAAUAAACGAAUCUUGUUGGCAGUGUUUUUGUUUUUCCAAUUUCUAACACGACCUGCUGCUUUCAGAUCAUAUCCUCCGGCUUUUAUUGAUCGCAGCAUUCUUUCUAUUCAUGAUGUUUAUUCUCAAUUCUGUCUUCUCUUCAGUAUUCAUUUUCGUGUACUUCCGUUGAGUCUUCGUUGCUUAUAUGUCUUUACGAACUUUUCAUUGACUGAUGAUGACAUCUAUCUAUCUAUCUAUCUAUCUAUCUAUCUAUCUAUCUAUCUAUCUAUCUAUCUAUCUAUCGUAUCUGCUCAUUUCUAUCUAUCUAUCUAUCUAUCUAUCUAUAUCUAUCUAUCUAUCUAUCUAUCUAUCUAUCUAUCUAUCUGUCAGUCUGUUCACCCUUCUCUCUAUUUCCGUCUGUUCAUAUCUAUCUAUCUAUCUAUGUAUAUAUCUAUGUCACAUAGAUGA